GGCGCGCGUGCGCUCGCUCACUCGCUGAAGCCAAUAUGCGAUGAAAAGACUGAGGAACAGAAAAUAGACACACUAAAUUCACGGACGAGACGCCCAUCUAUACUCCAAUGCUUCACACAGACAACCGAGAGGAUUUGAGCACGUUAGAAGGGCAGCCCGCGCCGACGUAGCCUAAUUCCAGCUCGCCUCGCUGAGAGAGAACAAUCGACAUUUAAAUUCCAUCUUGAAACCUUGACUUGAAAACAAAAAAAAUGCUUCAGUCUCUCACAAGCAAUUCGUGUGUGCGCCUUAUUCAGAGCAACAAAUCGGCAUGGUACUUCUUAUUCCUAGUGCUGGGGUACGUUGUGUAUCUCAUUUUCGGUGCCGUUGUGUUCUCGUCCGUGGAGCUGCCGUAUGAGGACCUGCGGCGACAGGAGCUGCGAGCUGCCAAGAGGUUGUUUCUCCAGGACAACGCGUGUCUGUCGGAGGAGAAGCUAGAGGAGUUUUUGGCCAAAGCGCUUGAGGCCAGCAACUAUGGGGUGUCGAUUCUUAACAACGCCUCAUCGAACUGGAACUGGGACUUCACCUCCGCUUUGUUCUUCGCCAGCACGGUCCUCACCACCACAGGUUAUGGCCACACGGCUCCCCUGUCGGGCGGGGGUAAGGCUUUCUGCAUAAUCUACUCGGUGAUCGGCAUCCCCUUCACGCUGCUCUUCCUGACGGCGGUGGUGCAAAGGAUCAUGGUCUAUAGCACGCGCCGGCCAGUCUCCUACGUGACGACUCGCUAUGGCGUGUCGCGACCCCUGGUGGCGGUGGCGCACGCGGUGCUGCUGGCUGCGGUGGCGGUGGCGGCCUUCUUCCUGAUCCCGGCGGCCAUCUUCUCGGCGCUGGAGGACGACUGGAACUUCCUGGAGAGCUUCUACUUCUGCUUCAUCUCCCUCAGCACUAUCGGACUGGGAGACUACGUACCGGGAGAGGCCUUCAACCAGCGCUUUAGGGAGUUCUACAAAGUGGGCAUUACUGUAUAUCUCCUGCUGGGUCUGAUCGCCAUGCUGGUGGUGCUGGAGACCUUCUGUGAGCUGCAGCAGUUGAAGGCUCUGCGUAAGAUGUUCUACCUGAAGAAGGAGAAGCCUCAGGACCGCCUGGCCAUUCUAGAACACGACCACCUGGCCUUCACCUCCGUGACCUCCGACCCCCACCACCACCACUCCGCCAUUGCACUGCGCAGCGACAAGACGAUGCUGGGACCCUACCUGGACACACCUGAGCUGGUCUCACCUGGUGGCGACGACCCCAUGCUCCGAUAGAGGAGAGGAGUGGCGCAUGGAGAGAGGACGAUAGACAGGCGGGCGGGCAGGCGGUGGGAGACGCUGGCGAAAAGGGAAAUGCUGCUGUUCUCUGGGGCCUAUACUAAGAAACUGAUUCAGGAGUAAAGAGGUAAAUCAUCUAAUAGAAGAGCAUGGAGUUCAGACUCAAGUUACCUCUUAAUUUAACCUGGUUUACUCCUGAAACAGCUUUCUUAGUAUAGGAUCACCUGACAACAAUUAGCACACAAAAAUGAUCCUUAGUAUAGGAUCACUUGAAAACAAUGAUCAGUUGAAGGAAAAUGUGAAACUG